GGGAAAAAAAAGAAGUUACGUUUCUUUGUUGGGGGUUGGGAGUUGGGACGGAUGAACCGAAGAACCAAGCGGCAGAGAAGUGGCGAGUAAAAGAAGUAUACGUUUUUAAUUAAUUAACACCAUGCACCGAAACCGUGAGAGUUGAAGAACACUAACAGAAGAUGUCGGACAUUUUCGGAUCAGUUCGUCGUUCUUUUGUUCUCCGACGCAGCACUAGCAACAGCAGUAGUUCCAUCAAAGAUGAAGGUGGAGAAGGAGGGAUUGUUGAAAAGAUCGGGUCCUACCUUAGGAAAUCAAGGGAGGAGAUCAUCUCCAAAUUGCAGAAGCCUCCAAUGUUAGCAAUGGAGAAUGAGCCUCCGAUCCGAUGGCGGAAGGGCGAACUAAUCGGGUGUGGCGCUUAUGGUCGAGUUUACAUGGGGAUGAAUCUGGAUUCUGGGGAGCUGCUCGCUGUGAAACAGGUCUCCAUUAUCAAAAGAAAUACUCCAAGGGAGAAAACCCAAGCUCAUAUUUUGGAGCUGGAGGAAGAAGUUAAGCUUCUUAAGAACCUCUCCCAUCCCAAUAUAGUUAGGUAUUUAGGAACCGCAAGAGAGGAAGAAAGCUUAAAUAUUUUCUUGGAAUUUGUCCCUGGUGGUUCAAUUUCCUCAUUGCUUGGGAAAUUUGGUUCAUUUCCGGAGCCUGUCAUAAGGAUGUAUACGAAGCAGCUGUUGAAGGGGCUAGAAUAUCUCCAUAGGAACGGAAUCAUACAUAGGGACAUAAAGGGUGCAAACAUCCUUGUUGAUAACAAAGGCUGCAUCAAGCUUGCCGACUUCGGUGCAUCCAAGAAAGUUGUUGAGCUGGCAAAUAUGUUGAGCACCAAGUCAAUGAAGGGCACUCCAUAUUGGAUGGCUCCAGAAGUCAUUCUCCAAACAGGGCAUACCUUCUCUGCUGAUAUAUGGAGUGUCGGGUGCACUGUCAUAGAAAUGGCCACUGGAAAACCUCCCUGGAGUGAACAGUACCAGGAGGUUGCUGCCCUUUUCCAUGUUGGGAUGACAAAGUCACAUCCACCCAUCCCUGAGCAUCUCUCUUUGGAGGCAAAGGAUUUUCUUUUGAAAUGUUUGCAGAAGGAACCCGAGUUGAGGCUGUCUGCAUCAGACUUGCUGCAGCAUUCCUUCAUUAGAGAGGAAUACAGGGAUUCUCAUUCAAUAUAUGUCUCACCUUCUAAGGAACACUCUCAAGCCUUGAUUUUUUCAUCAGCAGUAGAUUCAAAGAACUUAACUCCUGGUGUAGUGGCCAAACCUAGGGCAACCUACCAAGGUUUUAGGGCAGGAUGCAACAUCCAUAACGUGAGAUGCCCAACUUCAGAAGCAAAUAAAGAUGAAAAAAUGUGUCAGACCAGUACAGACAAUGGUUUCAAGGCAGAAAAAAAGUUGAGAACUGAUUCUUCCUUAACGCAAGAUUCCUUUUACAAGACUUUUUACUCCAUGUCUGAGUCCUUCAAGGAUUGGAAAUGCAAGUCCAAAGAAUCUUCUGAGCCAAGAGGACUGAACUUGGAAGACUGUUGUGGAUCAGAUUAUAGUACAGUCAGCAGUUAUGAAGCACAUGCAAAAAGGGAGGAUGGUAUCAUAUUUCCUUUGCAGAUGCCUUUACAUGGUGGUGGUGAUGAUGAUGAUGAUGACGACGAUGAAGUAACAGCAUCGAAAAUCAGAGCAUGUCUGGAUGAUAUGGCUUUGGAUCUGAAGAAGUUGCAGACACCUCUAUAUGAAGAAUUCUACAACUUGGAGUCUGGAUGUAAGCACAUAGUGGCGAAUGACAAAGAUGAUAGAGAAGGUUCUAGGAUAUCUUCCACACCACUGAGCAAGUUAGCAAGUGGAACACUGUCUUCACUGGCAGAUGCUGAGAGAACUGGCAGCCUUGGUAGUUGUGGAACGUGCAUCUCAAGCAACAGGAGCAGCACUACUGAUCAAGUCUUGAGAGAAAUUCCUCCAUCUCAGCUUAAUGAAUGGGAAGGGACUCUUCUGGAAUCUCAGCUAGAGCCAAACAGCCCAAGUGGCAGCUGCUCAGAGAGGCAGAGGAAGUGGAAAGAAGAGUUGGACCAAGAGCUAGAGAGACACCGUGGGAUGAUGCGUCAGGUGGGCCUUAGCAGGAAGUCAUCUUCCUCAAGAGAUAGAGGUUUGAAGCGUAGAAGAGACCGAUCAUGGGAUGUAUCUCCAUCCAAAUGAAAUUGUACACUGUAAUUUCCACAUAUAAUAAACUCAUUUUCCCUCUUUCCCCCUCUAAUUGAAGUAUUAGAGUAUCUGAUUCUUCCUACAACCUCUCAGCCAUUUUGCUGUGCCUCAACAAGGGCAUCACGGGGUUUCAUGUACAUUGCUGUUUUAUUGCAUGGCUGUAAAUCUAAACUUGAUUCUGUAUCUGUUUGUACAAUUGUAUGUGGAGAAAUUUUGUUCAAGUGAUA